GAGACUCACGAAUGCACCGGAAGCGAUCCUGUACUAAGCGUGCUUAAUUUUAUUUUUCCAUAGAUAUGUGAUCCGUGUUUUCUCUCCUUUGAUUUCAUGAUCUGUAAUUGCAUUCCAGGCGACACCGACAGUUAUAUUUCUACGCGACGGCGACCAUCAGCAUUAGGUUUAUGACAUCUACAUCUUUCCACCACGACAUUUGGGCAAUAUCUCUUGGUUGAUGUCCUGUGGCUAGCGUACUUCUACUACUAGCAAAGGCGAAGCAACCAUGUAAAUAUCUUUACGUUGUUGCCGGACGACUUUCACUUUCUGCGGCCAAGUAGGUGACUAAGUUCUAGUGUUACUCGUAGUCACAUUCUUAGAAGUUGGCAAAGCAGUGUCUUCUAGUACGACCUUAUUUUUGCGACGACUCGCACUCGACUCACGGAGCAGGAGCAACAUUCUUCCUUGCAAAAUGUCGAUGCAGAACGGUGGCUCCUCCGCGUCCAACAGUGUGUUGCACGACCUCAGUUCGGUGCUCAAUGACACACUGGAAGAGGAGUUGACGCUGGAUCCCUACCGGCCUAGGGUGUGGAUCACGUACAUCGACACGAUCAAGAAGACCGAUCCCGCACUGCGAUACUUGAUGUACGAACGGGCGCUGAAGGUGAGAAUGAAAGUUUACAUGUUUAUCUACUUUUAGAUCUUUAUACUUUUCAUCCCUGAUGCUGAUGUUGUUCCUGGUGAUCCAAAGUUAAGACAUAGUGAAUGAUUUUACUACACAUCAUCACCUGAUUGGCGUCGAUGUGGUCAGGACGAGGACACUGCAGAAGUUUUGUUCAAUUCACGACAUGUAUGAAAUGAGUCCAACACAUUAAUUAUCAGACACUGCCGAUGUCGUACAAGCUGUGGCGCAGAUAUUUGCUAGAGCGAAGGAAGUCGCUGGACGAACGACGAAAGAUCGAGCAGGCACACUAUGGGAACAAGAAUUUCGACCCGAUUUCCGACGAGGCCUACGCGGAGGUGAACGCGAUCUACGACCGGUGUUUGAUCUUCAUGCACAAGAUGCCGCGCAUCUGGCUCGACUACCUCGAGUUUCUAAUCCAGCAGCGGCGCGUGACGCAAACCCGCCGUGCCAUCGACGGGGCGCUUCGCACCCUCCCGAUCCAGCAGCAUCACCGGGUAUGGAACAUUGGUAUUCCCUGGGUGGGCGGGACCAAGUACAAACACGCGGUCAUCCCCCAGAAGACCUGUCUCACGCUCUUCCGCCGCUACUUGAUGUUGGAGCCCAGCCACGUGGAGACCUUUAUCGCCUACCUCCUUCGACAGGAAAUCUACGACGAAGCAGCCGUGAAAAUGGUCGAGAUUCUGAACGACGAGGACUUUGUCAGCAUCAACGGCAAGUCCCGCCACCAGCUCUGGCUCGACCUCUGCGAGCUCAUCUCAAAACACCCCCGAGAAAUCCGGUCGAUAAAAAUUGAACCCAUCAUCCGCCAGGGAAUCGGGAAAUUCACCGACGAGGUACAUGAAUGGCCUUGCGGGGUCUUUUUAUCUGUUCUUCUUUUUUGCACAUUCUUUGUCGCGUGGUGAAAACCUAUUCCUACCACACCUUUUCCCAAAUACAUCAGACCCUAGUGCGAAAAUUUUUCGAUGCAGAUGAAAAGAUGAGUGUCCAUACGUAAAAAUCUUUCCAAUAUUAUCAGGUGGGUAGGCUCUGGAUUUGUCUGGCGGACCAUUUCAUUCGGCUCGCCUGGUUUGAUAAGGCCCGGGCGAUUUACCAGGAGGCCAUCGAGACCAUUGUGACGGCCCACGAUUUUGUAUGACAGUGCACAACUCCCCCUCCUCCUCAUUUGUCAUGCAAAGUAUCCAAAUCACCCUUUGCCUCUUGGCAUUGUUUGCAUGACAAGUUCUGGUAGCCCAAAUAGCACAGACUAUACUCCAGUGCAAAUUUGUCAUGCAAGACCAGCAUCCUUGCUGAUGCUUGUAUUGCCGUUCAUGCUAUACAAAUGAGGGGGAGGGGGAGUUGUGCAUUGUUAUAUUUUGCACUGGUCUAUGAGUCCUACGAGGUUUUUCUCACCGACUGGUUGGAAGUCGUUGAUGAGCGGGACAAGGUCGGCGAAGAGCUCCAGUUCGCCAUCCUCGAAGAUCUAAUGGACAACCGCCCCCUGCUGUUGAACUCGGUUUUGCUGCGCCAGAAUCCGCACGUGGUCGCGGAGUGGCUCAAACGAGUGGAAAUCUACAAGGAACGCGACAACCUCGAAAUGGUCGUGCAGACCUACAAAGAAGCCGUAGCUGCCAUCGAUCCGAAGAAGUGCAUAGGUAAAAGAAGAACUGUUCAUGUUACAAUUUGGACUUGUAUAGUUUUUUGCGCCGUGUACAAGUACAACAUCAACAAACAAACUUCCAACUUCGCGUUUUUUUGUUUCUACGUAUUGUUUGCAUCCAAUCUGGAUCUGGUAUCGAACGUCGAGCUCGCUGAUGUACAUCGUGUUUUAUUUUGCAGCGUUACCAUCAAUGCAUUCCACUCAUGGCACCCAUAGCAGCGCUACGCUAGCGCCACCUAUGUUGAUCACGCAUGAUCUUGUUCUGUAUCUCUGAGUAUGAUGAUGAGGCUGCCGAUACCUAUAACUUCUACAUCGGAAUUAUCGAAGUUCCGGCAAAAAUAUGUUGAAAACAAACUUCCCACUAUCGCAACGCACAGGCAAGAUCCAGGAUCUGUGGGUCCAGUUUGCCCGGUUUUUCGAAGAGCAGGACGAGGGGGACCUGUCUCUGAAUGUGCGGGACCUUUUCCAGGAGGCGGUGAAGGUACACUUUGCCCACGCCGACGACCUCGCUAGCAUUUGGUGCGAGUGGAUCGAGAUGGAGCUGCGGCACGACAACUUUCAAGAGGCCCUGAACCUGGCCCGCGCGAGCAUCACGCAGCCCACCGACCGGCAGGAGCGGGCGACGAACAUUGCGCGCAUGAAGUCGGUGCGAUCGAAAAAGCUGUGGUACUUGGCGUUGGACCUGGAGGAGAAUUUUGGCACGUUCGAAACGACGAAGGCCACCUACGAAAAGAUGAUCGACCUGAAAAUCGCGACGCCGCAGGUCAUCAUCAACUUCGCGCACUACCUGGAAGAUCGCAAGUACUUCGAGCAGGCGUUCAAGGUUUACGAGAAGGGCGUGACGCUCUUCAAGCAGCCGCACUGUUUCGACCUGUGGCUCUUCUACCUGCGCAAGUUCGUCACGCGCUACAAGGCGAAGAAGCUGGAGCGCAGUCGCGACCUGUUCGAAGAAGCGAUCAAGGCCUGCUCUAGCAGCGAAAUAAUGCAGAUGCGCCUGCACGUGCUCUACGGAAAGCUCGAGGAGCGGUACGGGCUCGCCAAGAAGGCCCUCUCCAUCUACCAACAGGCGUGCGAGGCGGUGCACAAGGACCCCUCCGCGCAAUUGAAGAUGUGGACGCUGCUCUUAGUCCGAACGGGAGAAAUCAAGGGCGGCGAUGUGGCCAGGUACAGCGCAUUGUUUCAACGAUACCGCCAUUUUUUUUUGUUGCAGAAGAUUUAUGAACAAGAUAUCUGUUUUUCUUUCACGACAGGCGUUGGCAAGAUGAAAGCUUAAUGUUGUCUAAUUAUUUUCACGAUCGCGAUCGCCUCAACACGCUGUUUUUUGUUUGUCCGCGCCACCUUCACCUCACCCUCGCACACGACAUGAUAAGGCGAGCUUUUUCGUUGUUCACAAUGAAUGAUAUUAUGUACCUGAUCACGAUACGUCUUCAAAAACAAUUGCAGGAAUGUGCUCAAAGCUGCUGUAGAUACUCUUCCAGAGGGCGAUGGCCUGAUUCAUUUUGGAUUGUUGUUUGCCGAACUGGAAAACUCGUUCGGAGAGCUUGCUCGGGCACGCGUCAUCUACGAGCACAUUUCUCAAUACUGCGACCCGCGCAAGUACCCGAAAUUCUGGGAAAUAUGGCAGACGUUCGAGAUGCGACACGGCAACGCCGAGACCUUCAAGGAAAUGCGAAGAAUCCAACGCUCCGUCGAGGCUGCGUACGCACAGGUAUGAUCUUCUUGCCGACGUGGUUGAUGCUGGAGAAUUAUAUCGUUGUGUUUCUUUUUUGCGCCGGUCUGAGCUCUCCUUCUCAGCAAUGACUAACAAGAUUUGGGCGGGAACUACAUUAAAGUUUCAAAUCCUUGCCCCUGGAGUAGAAACUCCUCGUAGUCCUCGUCUAUUGCCCGACGAGCCUGAGGACCGUUACAGUAUGGAGUUUGUCUUUAUUUAUGUUUUUCUAAUGAAAUCACUAGAUCAAAAAAUUGCAAUUUCCGCAGGUCCACUUCAACGCGCCGGAUAUUACAAGCCAACUGGACGAGCUGAAGGACAAAGUCUCUCUCAACCCGAUGGCGGAGGCGGAGCAGGCCAUGGAGAACGCCGAGCAAGCGGCGCAGCAGCAGAAGCUGCUCCAGCAGCAGAGCCUCGCGAACGCCGGGCUCAGCAACCCGGAGACGGCGGCCUUCCUGCAGAAGCGCAACAAACUGCUGGAGGAGCUGGGCGUGAACCAGCGGGAGCGCGACGCCUUCUUCGAGCCGUGCGACACUUUCGGCGGCAGCAAGCUCGGCUACGUGUUCAAGACGGGAAUCAAGGGCUUGGGCUACUACGAGGACGCCGUGGGCAGCAGUCUGCUGCAGAGCCGCACCGGCGUCAUUUCCAAGAAGGCCGAAAUCAGUGCGGGCCUCAACACGACUGGAACAGCGGCAGGCGAGGCCGCGAACAAGAAAGCGACCGGGGACAAGGCCGCCAACAAGAAGCGACCCCGCAUUCUCGGUGAUGAGGAAAUCGAUCUGGCCGACUUGGACGACGAGGACGAGGAAGUGGUGGAGGACACGUACCACGUUCCCGGGUUCCUCAGUACCGCAGACAAGGAGCGCCUCGAGAAGCUCAAGGAGGAGGAAAUCAAAGACGCACGGGCCACGCGGGAGCAGGCCGCCAAGGAGCGAACCGAACGCCUCUACGCCGCGUUCGAGGCGGAGGAAGAAAAGAAGGGCAUCCACAAGGGAAUGGGCGGAGCGCUCUCGAAAUUUCAGAAGAAAAAGAUGAACCCACACGAUCCUUUCGACAAACGGCUCCAUUAAGAAAUUAUUGCAAGAAAAGAGCAGUAGUAGACCACGGGUGCCGCGAGCGGAUGAACACAUGGCUUCUUGGUCGACGUCAUGGUGGUUCUUGUCGUUGCGUGCACAGACUGAAGCUGAUGCGCUGGGGCUGCUGUCACUUCGAUAAUUGCAAUUGCGAUUUUUCUUUCAGCGCGCGGAUCAGCUCACCAGAAUUCCUGCCGACGUUCCAUUCUGUGAUGUUAUCCAGUACAUUUUGAUAUGACUUCACGAAAGCCACGCAGUUGAUAUACCAAGUAUUUUUUACUGCUUCGACUGUCUCACAACUUGUUUUACGCUCGAUUUGAGUUUUCCUUUCGAUUGGACACUUCUCAUCAUCUACAUCUUCAACCAUUUCUAUUUGCCUGAAGUGUUUGGCGACGACAAUGGGUGUCAUCAGAGGUUCACACUCACGACUCGUGGGCGUGAACUUCUGAUAGCCUUGUGCUAGCGCCACACAUGCCGCACCGAACAACCUCUUUCUUGACAAAUGUGCCGGGUCGUCACGGUGGUUGAUUUUUUCCGACGUAGAAGUAAGCACUUUGAUGAAGAAGAUAAAACUAAAG